UGCAUGUGUUUUUGACAUUGACAUUUGCAUGUUGAAAUCAACAUUCUACAUUUACAAACAAUUUAUAUUUUUUUAAUAAAAACAGCAUCAAAGCAGUAAUAUUUAAUACAAAUAUUGAAGACGGUUAUAUUUAACAACAAACAAAAUGUCGUCUUGGAAGAAGGCAGCGAAGGCCAACCAAAAGACUCACAAAGAAAGACACCAGCCGGAGUCCAGGAAACACUUGGGGUUGUUAGAAAAAAAGAAGGACUACAAGUCACGGGCUAAUGAUUAUCAUCACAAGGGUAACACCCUCAAGCUGCUGCGGAAGAGGACGUUGGACAAAAAUCCCGAUGAGUUCUACUUUCAUAUGAUUAACUCGAGAGUUAAAGAUGGGGUGCAUCAUGAGCUGGAGAAAGAAGACGAGCACACUCCUCAGCAAGUGAAGCUGAUGCAGACGCAGGACCUCAAGUAUGUCAACAUGAAGCGCACCAUUGAGACCAGGAAAAUACAGAGACUGCAGUCUCAGCUACACAUGACAGAAGUAGCAGAUUCCACACCGAACACGCACAUAUUCUACGUGGAGGAGGGAGAGGAGAAGAACUUUGACGUGGCCAGAAGACUGGACACACAUCUGUCCCUCAUCAACAGGAAGUCCAACAGACCUCGCCUUGCUGACAUCAACAAUAUGACUUUGCCAGUAGUAGAAGAGGUUAUAAAUUCAACAAGGAAAAUAAAACAGAAGAGUUACAAUGAGCUAUCCAAGAGAAUAGAGCGAGAGAAGCAGCUGACGGUAGUGCAACAGAAGAUAGAGCUGAAGCGACAUCUGAAGAACACGAAGGGCAUGAAACCAAAGAAAAUCCUUAAAGGCACCGCAGAAUCAGCACCAGUAUUUAAAUUCCAAUUUAUGAGAAAGAAAUAAAUUAAGCUGAAUAUUUAA